CACACCGUGUGUGGUUCCUCAGGCUGACAACUUCUCAGUUCAUUCGGUGUAGACUACCCUCAGUGGACAAGUGACUUCAACAGUACAACAGCAGUGCGAGCAAUCGGAUGCCGAUCGUCAUCGGUUGCUGGGAUAAUUGUUAAAAUAUCAAAAUAAUUUUCGAGUGACUUUGGAAAAUGUGAUUUUCCUCAAGUGGUGAAUUUUAUCUUCGUUUCAGUGAACGUUCUAGCAACAAGUGGAAUUAUACUGUAUUGAAAUGUCGAUUGAAGGGACCAGAGUGGGUUGCUUCCAAGUGCUCUUAUUAUUCCUACUCGCAAUAAAUUGUAUUAUUGUCGCAAUGAGCCAUGCAUUACCCGCAUUCCACAAUUAUACCCCUAGAUUCUACUGCGAGAGUUUGAAUGGGAGUAAUCGAAGGUACGGAUGCGCUCGAGGGGAGGAAGGGGGCAACUCAACGAUUGGCGAUGCCAUGGAAUUUUGCCAGACUGAGUAUAAAUUUGUGGCAGAUCGCGGGGAGGAGAGUGUGGUUACUGAUUGGGGUCUAGUUUGCGAGAGGAGUUACCUGAGGGACUUGGCUAAUAUUGUUUAUUACGUCGGGGUGUCUAUUGGUGCACUCGUCGCGGGUAUUACCGCCGAUAGAUUUGGAAGACUUCCGGUUCUAGCAAUUUGCCUGUAUGCGCAGGGGACCAUGGCAGUAGCAACAUACAUAGUUCAGAGUUAUCCAGUAUUUGUGGGUCUUCGGGGUCUCCAAGGGAUAUUCGCACAAGGAUUACACGCAUCGACAUACAUUCUCAUUCUCGAGUUGUUUCCAACAAAGUUUAGAACACUAGUGUUCACAGUGAUGGGAAUAGCCUGGGCACUGGGAUUAGAGCUCUUGGCUGGUCUCAGCUAUAUAAUCCUGGACUGGAGGAUUCUCCAAUUGGCCGUUUCCGUGCCCACAGCCAUUACCGUUCUCUAUGUUGGGAUUAUUCCUGAGUCACCGAGGUGGUUGAUGGCGAAAGGAAAAACCACCGAGGCUGACAUGGCACUUGAGAAUAUCACCAAAUACAACGCCUGCUGUUGUGGUAGCAAAGUGCGCAGAGAGAUUGUAACUGAUAACAGUGAGAACACCACACCUGUUACAUCCUCACGCAAAUCUCGGGUCUUCGAUGAUUCCAAAGACUUGAAUGAAAGCGAAGCUGUCAAUCUGCUGACGCCAACUAAUUCGGCGCAUCGUAACUCGAGAAGAAUAAGUUUACGUGCAAUUUCGGAGAAUCUGGAGAAACGAAUAUCGAAUUUAACACCGGAAGUGUCGGCUGAGGGGAAUAGUGGAGAGUUGGAGAUCGGAGAGCCGUCGACGUCUCACAGUAAUCGAAAUUCCAAGUUACUCCCUGAUGAUACAAUUGUCAGUGAAACUGGCAAUGUUGCGGGACCGAGUGAUCCUAUUUCGAUCGAAAUGGAUAUCAAACCUAUGGAGAAUCACGCGUCUGAAAAAAGGGUCAUCGAAGAUGACGAGACUGAAAAAUUAUCACAGUCGGAUUCUUACAGAUCGGCUAAUCUUCGCGUUGUAAAAUACAGCGGUGCCAUUGCAGUACAGUGGUACUCGACAUCACUGGCAAACGCAAUUGUAUUGAAAUCAACGCCAAAUUUAUUAGAAAAUCGACACAUAAAUUUCGCUGUUGGCGGUAUAAUAGAACUCGUUAUUUACCUAGUCAUCUAUUUUGUUUUGUCACGGCACGGAAGACGUUUACCACUGGGUAUUUUUCAGUCUCUCAACAGCGUGAUUUGCAUGGUGAUAGCCGGGCUGGUAUUUCUGCCUCGUCUAACGGCAUUUUGGAUUGGUGCACAAAGCAUUGCUAGAACGACAUUACUGCUGUUAGGUAGAGUAACGACAACGAGUACAGUGGGGACAGUUUAUUUGUACACAGUCGAGAUAUUCCCAACUGUGUUACGAGGCACCUGCUUAGGUGUUUUCACUGUUUUUGGCACGAUCGGUUAUAUCGGUGCACCAUACAUCAGCGCAGUGGGUCAUUGUGUCCCUAUGGGAGAAUUCAUGCUGGCGGCUAUUCUAUGUCUUGUUGCUGGCCUAGCUUGUCUAGUGAUGCCGGAAACUGUGAGCAAGGUACUACCUGACACUAUUAAGGAAACCGGGAGAUUAACCACUGGGAAGAAUAUUUGUGAUGCUAAUGGGCGGGAGGAUGCCGCUGCCGAGAGGGAACUUCUCAGGGAAAAAUUAUUCUCCGAAGAUUGGGUCGAUGCUGGUAAUGGAAUUAUUGUUAAUUUUACAGAGAAUAAGAAUUGAGGUGGCAGGAGUUGCUCUGAAUUACGCGAGUAUUGCAGUGACAUUCAUCAUACCUUGAGGAGCGAUUAGAUAGGUCUAAACAUGAAUAAUUUCUAAUUGUUUGUUCACGGGUAACUGAAAUAUUAAAAACAGUCCAAGUUUCUUUUUUGAUAAUUUCAACUUCCACAUGUUUAUAAAAAAAAUAUUUACAUAAAUUAUUCAUAAAUAUCUAAUCGUUCCGCAACGAAUGAUCACAACUCGGAAAUAAAUAGUAGUCCCCCCCCAAAGGAAUUGUAAUAUCCGUAUUGAGACCUGAUGUUUUGAUUCCGAAACGAAAUGAAUUUGUAAAUAUUUACGUUCUAAGCUAUUUGGUGAACUAAAAUAUUUUCUACUAUUUGUGCAUUGACAUUGUUUUCCCAAUUGUAGACUGAGUAGAGUUCACCACCAUGCGAUGAAGUUUAAUUUAUUCCCAUGAGAAAUCAUUUAUUGAAGCCUAGAGAUUAUACGUAUGAAUGCUAUUAUUGAUGUUGAAUGUAUUAUUUACGUGGAGGAAAUAAUAAAAAUUCUGAUAAAAUGAGAGACA